CCGUCCGAUAAAGGCUGCAAUUGCACAGUUACACAGCGCGACAGCUGCAUGCUGCGUGUUCGUUUGUUUUAGUCCAGGAUUGUUCAAAUCUGAUAACGUUAUAAAUUAUAAAUCAUAAAUCAAGGAGGCAAUAUGAACGAGUGGUGUAAGAAGAAGCCCCUGGAGUGGUACGAGUAUUUAAACAAGGAGGUGAAAGUUAAAGUUGUUGAAAAACAGGAAUAUCGAGGCUGGGUUUUUACUGUGGAUCCCGUGUCUGGCAAUGUUGUGCUGAUGAAUUUCGAGGAGGACGGGAAGACCUCGAUCGUGGCUGUGAUGGGCCACGCCGUGGAGGCGGUGGAGGUCCUGCGAGACGGGGACGACGCGGUGGCCGAGCGGCUGCGCUCCGUGUUAAUGCCCGCGAGGCGGCAGGCCUACAGCGGCGAGGAGCUGGCGACGAGGAAAGCCAGCCUGCGGGCGUGGCUGGAGAAGAACUGGGUGCCAGUGACAGAGGAAGGGCUGGAGGGCGGGAAACUGUGCGUAGCUGGGGUGUUAACCAUAGACCCUCCUUACGGGCCGGAGGACUGCAGCAGCACCAAUGAAAUUAUUUUAUCCAGGGUGCAGAGCCUCAUAGAGAGCAACCCAGGCUGCUGUUAGCGAAAUUAGGUAAUGGCAACUCUGUCACGCUACUGAAACGUAGUGUUAGGGUGGCUACAUGUGCUGGGAUGGACUCAUUGUGAAGGGUAAGACUGGGUUCACCUCAAAUGUGUGGUCUCGGGUGAUUCAGGUGAACGCAUGGUUUGAGUUCCAAAUUUAAGUUAUUUUGAAAUUCACAGAUAGUGGCCUUUUGUUUUUACUGCAUCGACAAAGCCGCACGAUUUUUUCAAGCUGUGGUGUUCAGGGAAUGCUCAAGUAAUUGAAGGUAAUGAAGAAUCUUUCUUUGUUUUCUAAAUUGUAUUGUCUACUGUUACUAUGUUAAACUCCCCCUUUUUAAAGUGGUGUACUUUUUCAAAAUAAAUGCAGUGUCAAACUGUCCUUGAUUAAAUUGAGUACAAAGGUACAAACAAGUA